GUUGCCGUCUUGGGCUCCGCGGCUGCGCAGUAGGAGUGUGUUUGCGCGGCUGUGUCUACAGUUAGUUCCAUGUCUGCCGCGCACAGAGCCGGGGAUGGCGGCGGAUAUUACCCGGGAGGGGAGGUGCUGGGCCGGCAGAGGCAGGAGGAGGCGCCGGCGGGCUGGGGAGCCGGCUAUUAUUCUCCGGAGACUGGAAGAAGCUGGCCGGGAGGCGGGGAGAUGGGAGGAGCCGGCGGAGCUCAGAACACAUCAUAUUCGGGGUACGAUCCAAGUGGCUGGUCUUGUGCAGGUCAACCCAGACCUCCUUAUCCCCCCAAUUACACAGUUGGAGGACAGGGUAUGGAGCACUAUGCCAAUGGCUCAUAUGGACCAGCCUAUAGUCAGUCUGCAAUGAACCCUUCUUAUCCUGGCAUUCACCCGCCCAAUCCCUAUUAUCAACCACCUCCUCCUCCUCCCUCGCAGCCUCAUUAUACUGUGGAUCCUUAUAAACAACAAGGUGGUGCUCCGCAAGCCCCUCCACAUUGGGGUUAUCCUCAGCAGCCUCCCCAAUAUCAACAAUACCCCGCUCCUCCGGGAAUGCCUCAACAGAGCCCACAAAAUGAAAACUGGAACGUUUAUGGAGCCCACAAUCCAUACCAGUGGCCCCCAGCACCCCCUCCUACACACAACCCAAACAGCGGCCAUUAUAUGGCUGGUGGCAGACCACCAUGGACAGGAGGAGACGCACCACCAGGAGUGUAUGAUAUGAAGGAUCCAUCUCGGACAUCCAACUACAACCAUCAAAGGCCCUACCCUGGCUACCCCUCCAAUAUCUCUCAACCAGGGCCAACACCGGAACCCAAGCCUAACCCACCUGCCUCAAUAGCCCCACCCAACCCUCAUUACAGCGCCUCUCCUCAAAUGUACACCCGGAAAGAUCCUUCAAACCAAGAAACCAGUCCUAGAGCCAAAGAAGCUAAUGCUUCUCCAGUUGAUCCUUCAAGCGCCCAUCCUGGCAUUGUGAAGAUCAGCGAAGUCUUGGAAAAGGUGGUGGAUCUGGAGAAGGAGGUGGAUGAAUUUGUAGGUAGAAAGACUGAUAUGAGUUACCGGUAUUUAGAAGAGCUAUUAACAAAGCAGUUAUUAGAAUUAGAUUCUGUAGAAACUGGUGGUCAGGAGGGUAUUCGUCAGGCACGGAAAGAAGCUGUGAGGAAGCUACAAUUGAUUCUGGAGAGGCUAGAGCGGAAGGGUUUGUGAUUUCAUGCGGCAGAAGUAAAGGAUUCUUCGUUAUAAAGGUUUAUUUGGAUUCCAAGAGGUUUCUGGCCAGCCGACAUAAAAAAAUGGCAUGGUCUUCGGGUGCCUAACAUGCCAAAAAUAUGAUGAAGGGAAAAGCCACCUAUUUAUAAAAAAAAAAUAAGACAUCCUUUUGGAUGCCCUGCUGGACAAAUUGGACUUCCAGCACCCAUGGAACAUUACUGAGAAUAUUUACAAUGGAAAUUCGUUGUAGUUGUAGAUGUUUUCAUGAAGAACUAAAUAUUUUAGGAAAAAUGCUGUGUUUUUCUGGAAACAAUUUUUUUUUUCUAGGUAGAAUAAAGCCAUUUUGGAGUUCACAGGUUUUAAUUACUUAAAGCCGUUCGAAGAUGAACUUUGCCACUGACUGCAGUCAUUACCCAAAUCACAAGACUUUAUUUGCCAUUACAAACCGUUCUACGACUGUGGCUACCUAGCAUGACAAGUGUUUGUGUUCUCUGCAUAUUUUUGGAUGUGCAAAUACAUCUAUACUUUAAAGUUUGGAAAUGUGAGAGUCACAUGUAAAUGAUUUAUUGUCGCAUUUUGUUUGGGGGACUGUACAAUAAAAAAAAAAGGCCAGUGUGGGUAACUCCCAAUUAAGGACUAUUGCCAAAAAAAAAAUAAAAAAAAAUGAGAUUUGGGUGAAAUUAGGUGGUUCCAUUGGUUGGCCUGGUGCCCUUAUCCAGACACAGGAUCUUUCAAAUAACAUUUCAGCCUGAGGAAAGUCCCAUUCAAAUGCCUGAGCCCUUGUAAAGGUUGACAUUCAUAAGCCGGUUGCACACAUGCAUAUGAAUUUUCCAAUUCGCAUUUGAACCCUUGAUGCUUUCCAAUGUACAUCAUAAUCUUUGUCAAAUAAGUUUUCCAUCCAUAUAUUAUAUCCUCUGUAUCGUGAUUUUUCUGUUGCUUUUGUCACUGUUUUUAAAACAUGAAAAAGUCUCCGUAAACCUGGAUAGAGCUUGGGGUCUCUGCUCAAGCUUGCACAGCCCCGUUCGGUGGAUCCCUCUGUGGGUGCAGACUAGAUAAGAAUCUGCCCUGACUCAAUACAAACUGUAAGGCAGAAAUAGUAUCCCGGUUACCACCCAAUGUGAGAGUAAUAGCAGCUUCAGCAGACUGUCUGAGCCAUGCACCCGACGCGUUUCGCCCUGCUCCCAGGACUUCGUAAUGGAGAUGGAAAAAGUCUCUCUGCAAAGCAAGCAGUUAAUACUUUGCUGUGCUGCUGCCUAUGCUGCUUGACCUCUGCUUGGUUUAAGAGAGAACUUGUUCAGAGAUUUUCUGCAUUCAGCACUUCUGGGGAUAUUGAAUGCUGUUGUCCCCAGCUGAUCUCUGUGGUUUUCUCCACUAGACCCUACAUCACUAUGUGGGGUGGCAGACGCAGCCAUAAUGAGCAGUGGGGGGCCAGACAUCCACUAAUACUGAAUAUCUUUUAGCAAGAUUAUCUCUUCAACCCUGUGGAGUUUGGUGGCAUGGGCAGCAGGACUGGUAUUAAUAGUUUGCUUUGUAGGGGGACCUUAAUUUUCUUGUUUUAAAGAUGGCUAAAGUUGCUUUAGAAAACAAAUUUAAUAAUCCAACUCUUUGUGAGUUUCCUGUUCAAAUGUCAGAAAACGUACCACGUUCUAAUGCCUUUAAUUUUUUAGAAAACCUCCAUUUUGUGUCCGAACCUGUGCAUUGUGGGCCUCCUAAUCGUAGCAUAAAAUUCUCAU